CUUCAGCCUGCGCGUUUUUUUUUGCCCGGCACCGGAGGAUAGGCCUUGCACGGGGUCUAACACAGUGCCAAGACUUCCCAGCAAAACGUUGCCCGACUCUUCUCAGAUCUCAGCUUCGGCGGAGAAUCGCGCGUCCUGCAGUGCUGAAAAAAAUACAUUUGGACAGGUGCGACCUGUUUUAUUUAUUAUGAUUGCUCAGUUGUUGAUGAUAGGUUUAGAUCAAACAUUCUGGCAAGUAUAAACAAACCAAGUCUCGUCAGAACCUUUCAUGUAGGAUUGACAAGUAAGAUACAAUAAAGUCUGUCGUAUUCUUGAAGGCGCUUUCAUCUCAUUUGAUUGACUUUUAUAUUAUACUGUUACGUCACGCAGAAGCUUGCAGCCUUGCACGGUUAAAAAUUUAAAAUGGUGGCCGGUACUUAUGCAACGCGGCGAGUACAACAUUCCAUGAAAAAUGGCUUUCCAAAGGGAUCCAACGGCUUUGCAAGCCACCGGAGAGAGUUAAACACAGAGCUGGAGGAGGAUCUCGAGGAGACACCACUGUUUAUCGCUGUUAUGACAUACUUGUCGUAUUUCUUCUUGAUAAUCUUCGGUUACAUGCGUGACUUCAUGCGCAAGUACGGAUUAGAGAAGUCCAAGUCUGUUAAGGAAACAGGAAAUCAGGGUUUUGUGCCGCUUUAUUCCGACUUUGAGAGUUUCUAUACACGAAAUCUUUACACUCGUGUGAGGGACUGUUUUAACAGACCCAUUUGUAGUGUUCCUGGCGGAGAGGUCGCGCUCGUGGAUAGAGAGUCUGAGGACUGGAACUGGACUUUCAGAUACCCAGGAACGACAACAAAGACUGUCAAUCUUGCUUCUUAUAAUUAUCUUGGGUUCGCGGAGAAUUCUGGGCCGUGUGCAGAUGCCGCUGAACAGGCUGUUCGUAAAUAUGGCAUUGCGGGCUGCAGCUCAAGACAUGAAUAUGGAAAGCAGAGGCUUACCAGAUUGGCACAGAAUUGCAAGUACUUCCGACAAAAGCUGAAAAAGAUGGGCUAUAUAGUGUACGGCCAUGAUGCCUCAGCAGUAGUACCCAUUCUUCUUUACAUGCCGGCAAAAACGGUAAUGCCUCUUUUUAUGGGAUCAGUCAUUAUUUUACGCCUGGGGAGGAUCAGUUUGAAAUGUUUUACUUAGGAAUUAAUGGGACAUUGGAUCUGAUUAUUAAGGAAUUAUUUUUGCCUUAGCUUUCAGCUAAGAUUUAAGGGGAUCAUUCUCUCUAAUUUAUGAAGGGACCUAGUCCUCGAUAGCUCCCAACGUAAAUAGGACACAGUUUAUGACGUCCUCAAAGGACGUAGCCUAUACGGGCCCCAUUUAGCAUAUACUCGUUAUAGUUAAGUAACCAGAGUCUAGUCCCAGGGCCCCUUAUUCGCCAUCCUAAAAUUUGAGGGUAGAAGCGCCCUGGAACGAGGUUGGUAAAAAGCAAUAGAACGAUGAUAAAGCCUGAGUAUAGUUCUGUAGGUUGGUAGGAGAAAGUAAUUUUAAUUUACCCACAUUUUCUAGAAUUAAAAGCAUCUCAAAAUAUACGUUGGAUCCAGAAUUGCAAGGAACUGUUUUUGUUAUGACACAGCAUGGUUUGGUUUUCAAAGAAUUGUUUGACGAUGUAAUUCAAAGGGGGAAAAAACAUUGAAAUACCAACCAUUUUAAAUGGUUAAAGUUAAGUGUCGUAUUUUUUCAAGCUCUAUAGUUGGCAUAAAACUCGCGAGACUGUUUAGUUUGAAAUUAAGAAAAGGGAAGCUGAUUGAGUCACGUUGACUAAAAAUUUGUAUAGCCUAGUUUAGCUCAGUUAUACAAAUUUUCGUUUACGGUUUUUUAACCAUCAGAGUUUAAAGCUUGACAAAUAAAAAAAUAAAGUCAGUGAAUGAAAACUUAA